AUGGAACCCGCGGCGCCGGCGGGCCAGGCCCGGGCUGCAGCCUCCAAGCUGUCCCAGGCUGUGGGCGCCGCGCUGCAGGAGCCGCGGCGGCAGCGGCGUCUGGUGCUGGUCAUCGUGUGCGUGGCGCUCUUGUUGGACAACAUGCUGUACAUGGUCAUCGUGCCCAUUGUGCCGGACUACAUCGCCUCCAUGCGCGGCGGCAGCGACAGCCCCACGGCGACCCCCGAGGCGUGGGAGCCCACACCGCCGCCGCCCACCCCGGCCAACGCCAGCGCCGCGGCAGCCAACGCCUCGGCGACCCCGACGGCCGCGCCGCCCGCCGUGCCGAUCCUGCGGCCGCGCUACCCGGCCGACAGCGAAGACGUGAAGAUCGGGGUGCUGUUCGCCUCCAAGGCCAUCCUGCAGCUGCUGGUGAACCCGCUGAGCGGGCCCUUCAUCGACCGCAUGAGCUACGACGUACCGCUGCUCAUCGGCCUGGGCGUUAUGUUCGCCUCCACGGCCAUGUUCGCCUUCGCCGAGGACUACGCCACGCUGUUCGCGGCGCGCAGCCUGCAGGGCCUGGGCUCCGCCUUCGCCGACACGUCGGGGAUCGCCAUGAUCGCCGACAAGUACCCCGAGGAACCCGAGCGCAGCCGCGCGCUGGGCGUGGCGCUGGCCUUCAUCAGCUUUGGCAGCCUGGUGGCGCCGCCCUUCGGCGGUAUCCUCUACGAGUUCGCCGGGAAGCGGGUGCCCUUCCUGGUGCUGGCCGCCGUGUCGCUGCUCGACGCACUGCUGCUGCUGGCCGUGGCCAGGCCCUUCUCGGCGGCCGCUCGCGCGCGCGCCAACCUGCCGGUGGGCACGCCCAUCCACCGCCUUAUGCUGGACCCCUACAUCGCAGUGGUGGCCGGCGCGCUCACCACCUGCAACAUCCCCCUGGCCUUCCUCGAGCCCACCAUCGCCACGUGGAUGAAGCACACGAUGGCAGCGUCCGAGUGGGAGAUGGGCAUGGUCUGGCUGCCGGCCUUCGUGCCGCACGUGCUGGGCGUCUACCUCACCGUGCGCCUGGCGGCGCGCUACCCGCACCUGCAGUGGCUGUACGGCGCGCUCGGGCUGGCGGUGAUCGGCGCCAGCUCCUGCGUCGUGCCCGCCUGCCUCUCCUUCGCGCCGCUCGUCGUCUCGCUCUGCGGCCUCUGCUUCGGCAUCGCGCUGGUGGACACGGCGCUGCUGCCCACGCUCGCCUUCCUCGUGGACGUGCGCCACGUCUCCGUCUACGGCAGCGUCUAUGCCAUCGCCGACAUCUCCUAUUCCGUGGCCUACGCGCUCGGGCCCAUCGUGGCCGGCCACAUCGUGCACUCGCUGGGCUUCGAGCAGCUCAGCCUGGGCAUGGGCCUGGCCAAUCUGCUCUACGCGCCGGUCCUGCUGCUGCUUCGCAACGUGGGCCUCCUCACGCGCUCCCGCUCCGAGCGCGACGUGCUGCUGGACGAGCCACCGCAGGGCCUGUACGACGCGGUGCGUCUGCGGGAGCGCCCGGCGCCCAGCCAGGAGGGCGAGCUCUGCUCCCCGCCUGACCCUCUGGACGCGGGCGAGGACGACUACGACUACUACUACACCCGCAGCUAG